CGUUUUUUAAAAAGGUGAGGUAACCCAAUAGAUUCUGGAUUUCCUCACAUGGACAGUCUGUCAUGGCCGUGGUUUUGUUAAAGAACUAAUGGUGGUCUUGAAUCUUCGACCCAAGUAGGGCUCCACACAACCUCUCUUUCCCUCCUCUCCUCUCCACUAUUAUAUCCCCCUUCUCUCUCUCUCUCUCUCUGUCUGCUCCAAUCCUUUUCUGUCUCACUUGGCUGAGAUCGAGCUUUCAUCGUCGGUUUUAAUGGCGUCGAUUCUUGAAUCUGGCUGGCUGUACCUGAUCACUCAUUUCAGUGAUUUUCAACUGGCUUCUCUGGGAAGUUUCUUUCUUCAUGAAAGUGUCUUUUUCUUGUCGGGACUUCCUUUCAUAUUUCUUGAAAGGGCAGGAUAUCUGAGCAAGUACAAGAUUCAGUCCAAAAAUAACACACCAGCUGCUCAGGAGAAAUGUAUUACGCGCCUAUUGUUAUAUCAUAUCGGUGUGAACUUGCCGCUCAUGAUAUUGUCCUAUCCUGCAUUCAGAUACAUGGGCAUGCGAAGUACUCUACCAUUGCCGUCCUGGAAGGUAGUUUUGCUCCAAAUACUAUUUUACUUCAUUCUUGAGGAUUUUGUGUUCUACUGGGGCCACAGGAUUCUGCAUACUAAAUGGUUGUACCAGCGUGUCCACAGCGUCCAUCAUGAAUAUGCAACUCCAUUUGGACUGACUUCUGAAUAUGCUCAUCCUGCUGAGAUAUUGUUUCUUGGCUUUGCUACCAUUGUGGGUCCUGCUAUAACUGGUCCUCAUCUGUUCACCCUAUGGUUAUGGAUGGUAUUAAGAGUCUUGGAGACAGUUGAGGCACAUUGUGGGUAUCAUUUCCCAUGGAGCCUCUCGAACUUGUUUCCUUUUUAUGGGGGGGCUGAUUUUCAUGACUAUCACCAUCGUUUACUCUUUACAAAGUCUGGUAACUACUCGUCAACAUUUGUUUAUAUGGACUGGAUAUUUGGUACAGACAAGGGUUACCGAAAGUUAAAGGCACUCAAGGAUAUUGGAGCUGUACCUGGAGAAAAGCAAAUGUAGCGAAGAGAUUGACUGGUUUGACGUUGGAGAAUAGGUUUCUAGGUUUAAGGGCAUCUUGAAUGUCUUUCCUUUGCCUAUCAUGCCUGCUAUUUGCUUUUUAAUUGGUAGAGCAGGUUGUAAUUUUUAGGUGUGCGACAAUGUGGAAAUCUUUGGAAGGCUUUUUGUUGUCUUCAUGUUCUGCUCACUCCUGCCCAUGGCAUGAAUGGAAUGGAAGCAUUUUCUGUUCUUUCAUUAAACUUUCUGAGAUCCUCCGCCACAAAUCAUCUGGAAUGUGAAGCCUAUUUUUUGGCGAUGUUGAUUGUAACAAGUUCAUCUGGAUAUACCAUGAACUGAAAUGUAGAAAUUUGUCGAAGUCUUUAAUGGAAAUAAAUUUAAAGUUUGUUAA